AGCUAACGCGAGUAAAUUUUACCAAGUAGCUAAAAGAUGGAUUUAGAGAACGAUUUCCCCCCCAAAAAUCGAGUAACUACGUGAUCGAUGUGAAAUCGAUUUUUGACAAGCGGAGAGCCCUUACUUUUGGCGGAAACGGCGUUCCAUAGAAGUGCGCGUUCCUGCUGCUGAUCUGUGUUGCUGUCGCAAUUGAGCAAGUGAAGAUGAUAGCUAAAACCGCUACCAUUUUGGUUGUAGCUGCUAUUUUGUUUGAUGGUGGCCUGUGUUUUUGCUACUGUGAUGACUUUGAUUACUUCUCAUGGAAUUUUGGCUCCACAAUAAACACCUCACUCAAUGGUUAUACUACUCUCUAUUUGGAAAUGUAUCGUAUAUAUUUGUAUGACUGUCAAGAAAGCAGAGAUUCUUUGGGAGAUUGUCAAACCUAAUGGCGAGUAUGAAGUGUACACUGUAGUCAACUAUAGUCACUAUCACUAUGGAAGGCAUCAGAAUAAUAUUGCAGAGAGAGGACUAUUGUUUGUAGGGAUUUGCUACAGUUCUUGCGAUCUCCUACUGACAAUAACUCCCACUGAUCUGAGGUACAAUGGAGCUCAAAUCACAGGAAUUGUGCGUCUUCCCGAGUGUUUUAACACUUCCAACACUACCUAUACCACAACCCUCAGAAUACAAGGUCUCCUAAAAGCUCCCACUGAUGUAAGUGUUGAAGCAGUUGGAGUUGGUAGCAUUAAUGUGUCAUGGAGUCCUCCAUUCACCCUGGAAGGAGUCCCCAUACUCCACUACAGUGUCUACAUCACCAGUCAGGGAGUCUCAGAACAGACAAACACCACUGAAACACACAUCACUCUAGAGAGACCAUGUGCCAGCACCACCUACCAGAUCAGUGCAUGGAAUGAAGUGGGAGAGGGAAAUGCUACCAGAAAAGCGUUCUUGACACUCAUUGAAGCAGCUGUCAAAGUCAUUAGUAAACUGCUAAAACCAGGAAUAUGUCUUUCCUGUUCUUUCUUUUCUGAUUCUACUGCUGAUGGCUGUGCUAUCAUAAUGAAAAACAACAAACAUGCUUAUGUUUUCAAAGCCACCCGAAGCAAUAACAAUGAUGACAACAUUGCACUACUGGAAUCUUUCUCAGUUCCAGAAGGAGGGGAGUACAGUGUAAGUGUCCAUGAGAUACACUACGGUGUUUUGCAGGAACAUGUUUGCACUCAAGUGAACGUAACAGUUUCGAUUACAGAAGGUACCUCACUGAAGUAUUCCAAGGUUAAACCAGUGAGUGGAGGGAUAUGUGCCUUUUGUAUUUUCACAAAUGGCUCUACUGCUAAAGGAUGUGCAAUAACACUUUUCAGUGAUCAGAUUACAUUCAACUACACAAUACCUCGUCACUCACCUUAUGACAUAGCAUUGGUGGAGUGUUUCAAGGUGAAACAAUCAGGACCAUACCAUGUACUGGUAUCAGAGAUACUAAUGGAUGGAUCAGAGGGCUACAAUACACUGGAGCUACCUGAUAUCAGUGUAGCAUUAGCCUCUGCAACUGACAAGCAAGAAAAUGGGACUCCAACAGUAACUGGACUUUCUAUUGUCCUUUGUCUGACACUGCUGGGCUUGAUUAUAGCCGUUCUACUUGCCUCCAUCCUUUUCCUUAAGAAAAGAUCAACCACCAGGAGAAAGAACAACGGUAAGCCACUCUGAAGGCAGAGUGUUUAACUGCAUACGUGAGCAAUAAGGGUAGGUUUCUCAG